UCUGCUAGCUUCAGGAGAACUGGUGUUGCUUCUCUGCAUCUAACAAUGGAGACAAGUGGGGAUCCCAGGAGUGUGACAGCUCAGAGAACAAAGUCCAGAAGCAGCCAGGUCUCAGAAGAGAACAGUUUGCCAGAAUCAGAUGGAUCCCUGUCUGAGCUGAGGCUUCUUCUCCUGGGGAAACGUGGAUCAGGAAAAAGUGCCACCGGAAACACUAUUUUGGGCAACCGCGAGUUCACGUCUAAGUUCAGUGAGCAGCCAGUGACCACCCAGUGUGAGACAGCAAGCACCACCCGGGGCCAGAGCAAGGUCGUGGUCAUCGACACGCCUGCCCUUUUCUCCUCACAGCUCAGGGCUGAGGACAGGUGCAGAUACCUUGACCACUGCUUGCAGCUCUGUGUCCCCAGCAUCCACGCCCUGCUGCUGGUCAUUCCCAUUGGCCACUUCAAGGCCGAGGACACAGAUGCCAUCAAGGGCAUCCUGGAGACCUUUGGAGACGAGAGCAGGAAGCUCACCCUCAUCGUCUUCACGCGGAAGGAUGAGCUGGGGGGUGACACUCUGCAAGAUUACAUUGAAGAUGACCCAUCUCUCAAAGAGUCUGUGCAGACCUACGGGGGCCGGUACUGUGCUUUCAACAACAAGGCAGGUGCGGAGGAACGGGAAGCCCAGGUGAGGGAACUCCUGGACAAGGUCCAGCAUCUGGUGCGUGAGAACGGAGGGCCACACCGCCUGCAGCUCAGACACGGAGCCGGGGGACUGCAGGCCUUUGCUCUUCCCCAGCUCUCUGUGGUCUCACUUAGCUGAGUGCAAUUUGCUGUGGUGUCAGACUUCUUGCACUGACAACAGAUUCCAAAUGAGUGACCCUGGUCAAGAUCCCUCCUUGGAGAAGUCUAGUGGUAAUGCGGUGGGUUAAGCGCAGGUGGCACAAAGCAUAAGGACCAGCAUAAGGAUCCUGGUUCGGGCCCCCAGCUCCCCACCUACAGGGGAGUCGCUUCACAGCCAGUGAAGCAGGUCUGCAG